GGUACUCCGAUAACAAGAAGAUCUCGUCGCCGACGCCGACGACUUAUCAGCACUAGUGACCCCCAUGAGAUAACAAUAGGGCGCGGAUGACAAGACCAGAAGCUAGGGAUCUUUGAGACAUUAGAUAUUAAGCUUACAUAGGCGGCAGAUAAGCUUUUUGAGGGUGCAACAGCUUACGUGCUUAGUAUUCGAUGACUCCAGAUACAUGGAGUCGUGGAGAUAUAUGAGAUAGCAGAAGCCGCAGUCAUCGCUCGAGUCGCUGAUCACUGAAGGACUCUUUGACGAUCGAAAGUUACAACUUGACCUUUAAUUCAAGAUGAUAGGUGCUUUUCGUUUCGAGCUCCCGGCGCUCUUGCUCGCCUCGGCGGUUGCAGUCCUUGAAGCGCGAGCCAAAGCACCUAUCACUUACCUGGGGAAUCAGGGUGCAAUCUUGUCUGGAGGUGUUGCGACAAAGGAACUCGUUUAUACUAGUGGCACUGUUCCCUCUAUCAACGGAACAAUCCCUGAGGGAAUCGAGGCUCAGACGGCUACUGUCAUCAACAAUAUUGCCAAGAUCCUUGAGGAGGCUGGCACUUCUUGGGACCUGGCCAUAAAGACAACUGUGUUUCUUGCUGAUAUGGGCGACUAUGCAGCCAUGAACGAAGUAUACUCUAGCUUGCUACCGAAUCCAAAGCCCGCAAGGACCACCAUCCAGGCCGGCAGGCUACCAGGGGACUUUCUUGUCGAGAUAGAAGCCGUGGUAGCAAUGCCACACUGUUGACAUGGCUCCAACUUCGGGAAGGAAUCGAUCGGUAAUGUGCCCCCGAAGUACAAGCCAGAACAGCGACGGAAGACAAGAACCACAUAGCGCACUAAAG